AUGAUGCAAAGCGAUAAACAAAAUCAAAACCUUGAGGAAAUAAUUAAGGAGCUGUGUGCAUGUAAUGGAUUAUCUUACGAGAAAGUUGAUCAAGAGGGACUGAAAAUAACAGCACUGGAGAUGUUUUUCUCAGGUUAUCCCAAAAUGGUAGGAAUGAAAUAUUUCCGGAAUUUGACUAAACUCACUCUUCUUGGGCAAAGGAUUCAAGAGAUUUCAGACCUGGAGCACUGCCUGUUACUGAGAGAGCUGUGGAUUGCUGAAUGCUGUUUAGUGAAAAUAGAUGGGCUACAAAAAUGUGUACAUUUGGAAAAGCUUUACCUUUAUUGCAAUGAAAUUUCCCACAUUGAAAAUCUGGAAUCCCUAACAAAACUGAAUGUACUCUGGUUGAAUAAUAACCUGAUCAAGAAUAUAGAAGGCUUACAUACUCUGCAGAAUUUACGAGAGGUCAACCUCGCUGGAAACUUAAUAGAAAAAAUAGGAAGUUGUUUGGACUUCAAUACACAAAUUGAAAUAUUAAACCUCUCUGCAAACAAACUGUCUUCCUUCAAGGAACUCACUAAUUUGUCAAGACUAUCUAAUUUAAAAGAUUUGGGCCUAAAUGAUCCUCAGUAUGGGCCCAACCCUGUUUGUCUUCUCCAUAAUUACGUUAUCCACGUGCUCUAUCAUAUACCUCACCUUCAAAGGCUUGAUACAUACAAUGUGUCUCAAAAAGAAAUCAAAAUUUUGGCAGAAACCACUGUUAUGAAAAAAAAAAUGUACUAUAACAUGCAUGUAAAAAGCAUUUAUAGACAGCUUCAUGACAGGCUUGAAAAGCUAAAAGAGAGCAAAAACAAACUGCAGAAUUUGCCAGAGAGUAAGAUAAAAUUGUUCAGCUGCAACGUAAAACAUCUGGAACGUGAACUGGCUGAGCUGCAAAUGUUGGGCCAAACAUCAAAUAAUAAAUAUCUAAAGAGUAAUAAUCUGGAAACUGAAAUUCCAGUUCAUGACAGUGAUGAUGCAAAUAAGGAGGCUGAAGAGUCCGAUCUUGAAAAAGCAUUCUUACAAAAAAUAAAUGCCCUGAAGGAAAGAAUAACAUUCUGGAACAGAAAACUGGAUGAAAUUGAAAAAAAUUACGAGAUGGAAAUUCAGAAAAAAAAGAAAAGUUUUAACUUGGUAGUACAAUUUUUGUUGACGGAAUUGGAAACAGUGGGAAACAUUCACUUUGAAGAAGGUUUAUCAAAUAAUCCAUGGUUUAAUUGCUGUUGUGAUCUAAUUCAAUCACGGUAUUGUUUCUGGGACUUCAGAUCAUAUGGUAUCAUAGGAAUGAAAAUAAAUCGCAUCUUCAGAGUGCACAAUCAUAUUCUGAGGCUGAAAUAUGAAGAGAAGUUUCAAAUGUUUCUGGAGAAAGAAGUUUUUAGUACAGCAGAACACUACAAAGAGAAGGUGGACUAUCUCUUUUAUGUGUUUAACCCUGAAUUGCCAGUCAAUGAAAAGCAGCUGCUGCAGCUCCUGGAGGAUGGUUUGCAGAGUCUGGCAGGGCACACGUUGCCUAACACAAAGGAAGCUGUUCUUCUCUGUAACAGUCUAAGUACCUGCGAAUGCCCCAGAAUAGAGUUUUUGAAAAACCAAGCCAAUACUGAAGGCAAAAACAGCAGUGAGCCUGUGGAGUCAUUCAGGCAAGGGAAAGUGAUAAUUGCAAAAGUUUUCCUUGGCCACAGUGUUCCAUUUUGUGCAAUGAAUCCCAUCUGUCAAGUCAACUACCCCGGAGCUAAUUCAGUAUUCAGGCCAUGGAAAUGCCUAGAAAGUGAUAAAUCUACUCCUGACAAUAAAGCAUGGUCUAGGUUGGAAUGGAGAAAGUGUGACUGCCGGCUUCAGCAGUACGAGUGGUUUGUGUUUGAUCAUGAGCUAGUCUUACCAGAAUAUGUUGCUGAGUUUGAGUACACUACAUUGAAAAGCACAGAAGGAUUUAUUCUGCCUUAUGAUUUGCAACGUGAUGAUGAAGUUUUGAAUAUGCAACCACCAGUAAAAGCCAGUACUAAAAUUGCUUGCUUAGAUGAAAAAACAAUGCUUUCGGUGGCUAAGGCCAGUAUUUUCAGUCAGGUAAAGGUUUUGAAUUUGCAUGGAAACAGCCUGAAUAAGCUACGGGACAUCUCUAAACUAAAAAGACUUCAAAAGCUUAUCAUCAGCUUUAAUGAAUUUACUUCCUUAGAUGAUAUUUAUGACUUGCCCAACCUCGAGUAUUUUGAUGCGAGCCAUAACCACGUGAUCACGCUCGAGGGCCUUCGACGCUUAAGGAAGCUGCGGUGCUUUGACCUGAGCUGGAAUCAGCUGAAAAAGAUUAGGGAAGAAAUAAACAUCUUACGUGAACACACUCCCAACUUGCUUAGUCUUGACAUUGCACACAACCCCUGGCAUAAGACAGCCUCAUUGCGUUUGAGUGUCAUUGGCCGAUUAAAGGCUCUCAAUAUCCUAGAUGGAGUCGUGAUUACUGAAAAUGAAGCUGCGGAAGCAUUGCACUAUAUUGCAAGAUCAAAUAUAACCCAGGUAUCUCUGUUAGAAUAUUCUAGGACUGAUGAAGAAAGUCCCCCUGUUCUUAGUGUGCUUCCUUGUGCUAAAAUUCUGUCUCAAAUUAGCAAAAACAAGGUGGAUUCACAGACACAUCUUAAUAACUGGUAUUCAAUGAUCACUGUCUUAGAUCUGGAUGAUCAACAUCUCUUCAAAAUUUCCAACUUGGAAAAAUUGGAACAUUUAAGAUGGGCAUCAUUUAGCAACAAUAAUCUCACCCAAAUAGAAGGUCUAGAAUCUUGUCUUAAUCUUGAAGAACUCACUUUGGAUGGAAACUGCAUUUCAACACUAGAUGGAAUUUCAAAGCUCACCAAACUUACAAGACUUAGUGUAAAUAACAAUCAUCUCACCAGCCUGGAAAGACACGUGUUUCAAAAUCUGUCUCAUCUUCAUUACAUCUCCGUUGAGAACAACAGAAUCACUUCUUUAAUUGGCUUAAAGAAAACCUAUUCCCUAAUAGAGCUAUACAUAAGUAAUAAUUUCGUUUCUACCAAUCAAGAGAUACACCAUUUAAAGGGUUUAACUAAUCUGAUAAUUCUGGACAUGAAUGGAAAUCUAAUAGUCUGGAAACAAGAUAACUACCGAUUAUUUGUAUUAUUCCAUCUUCCUUCUCUCAAAGCCUUAGAUGGCACUGCAGUAGAUCCAACUGAAGGAGAAAGUGCAAGAGAUUUGUUUGGAGGCAAACUCACCUCUGAUAUGAUUGCAGAUAGACUGGGACAUUCAGACUUCACAGAAAUGCAAGAAUUAAAUUGGACAGCCUCUCAUAUCAGAACUGUAGAGCUGGUGCCAGCAGACCAGUUCAGAAAUGUCUGCAGCGUGAAUUUGCAGAACAAUAAUCUCACAUCUUUCAGUGGUUUAAUCUUCCUGCCUAAUGUCAAGGUGUUGUGUCUGAACUACAAUCGCAUUGAGUCAAUACUGCCUAGGCAAAAGCCCCCAAACCAGCCGACAAAUAGGCAGCAGCUGUACCAAAAGGUGACCUCUAGUGGCUAUGGACAGCAAGGACUUUCCAAAGGAAGGAGGGAUGCAGCAUUUGUGGGAAACCUGCCCCCAGUAAUGCAGAGCCUGGAAGUUCUUCAUCUAGGCUACAACGGAAUUACUAACAUGGCCCAGCUACAGCUUAGCAGGCUAAAAAACUUGAAACUUCUGUUUUUGCAGGGAAAUUUUAUCAGUCACAUUGAAGGACUCGAAGGCCUCCAGUUUUUGCAGGAGUUGGUGCUGGAUAAUAACCGCAUUAAAAUGAUUUCAGAAGGCUCCCUUGCUAAACAGAAUGCUCUUUUGGCUCUUCAUCUGGAGGAAAACCAAAUACGAGAACUGAACAGUUUGCAACCUCUGGUAAAAUUACAGAAACUUUUUCUGGACUUCAACAGAAUUCAGGAAUUAUCUGAACUAGAAAAACUUGAAGUUAUUCCCAGUCUUAAAGUGCUCUCAGUACAUGGAAAUCCAAUUUCUUUCAAGAAGAACUACCGUCCUUUGCUUUUGCUUCGACUGCCAGCCCUGCAGGUGUUAGAUGGAACUGCAGUAAACACAGAAGAGAGGAUGAGAGCUGACUACCAGACACUGGAACAAGUAAAACAAAUGUUAUAA